ACCGACGCGCCGCAUAUUAUCCCGUAAAAUCCAGAAGGCUGUACUCUUAGAUACAGAACAGACGCACCUCUUUGCUUGACUGAGUAGUGGUGCAUGUGUUGAUAAAGAUGACGUUUGCGCGGGUGUGCUUUUUUAUCGUUAGUUUUAUGGUGAUUUGUGCUUCGUGUGAGGAACAUGAAACUUUGGAGUUGAUAACUUCAACCGCGAACGAAGAUCCUAUUGUUUACGUUCGAGCUCCGCGAGCUAACGGAAAAAUUGAUCCGUCAACUUUGGAACUAUUAACUUCGUCUGCUGCGUCCUUGUCUACCCUUCAACCUGCUACAGAUUCCAGGAAUACCAACGAAACAGGUCAAAAUGACGGACUUGAAACUGAAAGUUUGACGUUAGAAUUGAGCGAUAGUCCAAUUGUGCCGACAACUUCAGAGGUAGGACACGAUGUAUCCACAGAAAGGGGUAGACAAAAAUCAUUAGCAUAUGACGAGGAAAAAACACCGAAUGAAGAUGGAUUUCAGAAAGGAAACAUCAAAGAAGAAAAAGAAGAAAGAAAACUGAAAGAAGCUAUAGAAGCCGACCUAUCCCCUAAAAUCGAUGACUAUGAGUCUCUUUUUGAAUUCUCUGGUACUACUGAUGAAAACAUUUUCGAGUCUGACGAUGUCUUAGAAGAUGUUCCAUUGGGAACAACCGCCCCUAUCAACUUUGACAUAUUCAGUAAAAUUGGCAACGUGAGCGAUUAUAAAACAUCCAUCGCAUCAACAAGCGAUAAUAAAGAAUCUACAGCAACGACUGAUAAAAGUAUUAAUAUAGAAGUCGUUACUGUUGAUAUUGCAUACGUAAGCACAACUUUUUCAAGUGUGACUGUGACUACUAGCAAGGCAGCUGUGGAAUUUGAAACGAGCGACAUUCCAAAAACAACUGCUGCUACUUUCACCGAUUUACCAAACAAUAAUGAAAAUACAAGUAGAUCAGAUGAAAAAUUUUACGAAAGUGCCGAGUAUUCUUCCGAAAUACUAGAAUAUGAAGAUAUGUCUCAGGAAUACACUACAACAAACUCAGCAACAAGUGAGACUGAACCUUUGAAAAAUAAAAGUGACAGUAACCACAAUCGUUCUAAUAUCGCAACGAACAGCACAGAAACCCCGGUAAAAGUUUCGGAGAUUUCUCUUGACCCAAUUUCUUUGGAAGACGAAACAAUUAUCGGGGAAGAUACCAAAGUUUUAUCAAACCUCACUGAAGAUAUAGUAUCGCAAGUCGAUAGUUUAUACGAACAAGCCUCCUCGGCUAAAGAAGAAGAGGAAUAUGACGAAGAAGAUGAAAAAGAAAAGGAUGAAAUAAGAAAAAUGUUUGGGGAAGAUUAUGAUUAUAUUGAGGAGAAAGAGACUCGUCCUCAUGAAGAAAAAACUGUAAUCGAGGAUACAGACAUAUAUGCCAAUAUAAUGAAAGUGAAGAAUGAUAAAAAAGCAAGAGGGGAUAAGAAGAAGAAAGACUGCUUCAAAAAUUCAGAUAAUGAAUCAUUUAUAGUGAGGGCCAUACUUGGGAACAGAGCUAACUUUAGUAUACAAAUAAGGAUAGAGGAUAUCUCAUUUUUUGUCCCCGAGGAUGUGACAGUGCACGAAGAUACCACAAAUAUGUUACUCAAUUUUACCUGGAGAUCCACCAAAGCAAGAUUUAAUAAUUCUCUAUCUCUGAUGCUGACACAAAUCUCAAACUACUAUUUGGUAACCGGUGUCAAGCUGAAACUCAUGAAAUGUGACGAAAUGACAGAUUGGAUAAAAAAUGAAGUAUUGAUACCGAAGCGAAAGGAUAAAUAUGGACAGCUCGAGCUCGCAGCUGAUUUGGACGAUGAAGUGACUGUUUUAAUCUCAAACAUAAAUUUCUUGAAGAUAUAUUAUGACGAAGCUGAGGUGUCAGGACCCUCGACAGUGGAUAUAGAAAACGAACUAUUUCAGAUGGAAAUAACUGUGGCCAUUACUGCAUUCUUUACUGUGAUUGUGAUUGGAGGCGUAUCGAUAGUGAUUUAUUUCGUAAUUGUGAGAAGAAAACGACGAUUGUUCGAUUUUAAAAAUAAGAAAAUUUGUCCACUAUAGCUGUAUUUGUAAAUAUAUUUUUUUA